AUGUCCCUCACGUCGUCGCGUCUCCGCCUGAUAUCUAGCCUGGGCGUCGGCGUCCUGGUCGGGACGUCGCUGAUUGUCAUCAUCCCGGAGGGCAUCGGCGCCGCCUCGGCCCCAUCGACGACGUCGCACAUCCACCGAUCGCGUAGCGUCUUAGCUGCGAGGAACCCGGGUCUCGAUAUUCGCAUCGACGACCUCAUCCCCUCGGUCCCCGCGGCGCGGAUUUCCCUGGCGAAGACGACGACCAAAGUACACGACGCCCGACAGGAUGAAGGCCAAGAAGUGGGAGGAGUAGGAGAGGAACUACCUCACGACGAUGAGGAGUACGACCACCACCUCCAGCCUGCUGCCGGCGACGGAGAAGAGGAGGAAGAGGAGGGGCACAACGAGCUCCCGUCCUUCCAGAUCGGCCUGUCGAUGACGCUCGGCUUCGUCCUGAUGUUCCUGAUCGACCGCAUCCCCCGGCACGCCGCGCAGCGCAUGCAGUCGUCCACACCGCAGAUGCACCACGUCAGCCUGGACAGCCUGGGCAUAGGCGGCGGCGGCGGCGGCGGCGGCGUCAUCCCCGGCAGCAGCAGCACGAGCAGCAACGGCGGCGCCAGCGGCCGGGGCAGCGGCGACCUCGAAGCCGAUCACAUGGACGGCCUGCUAGGCCAAGUGGCCUCCUCGGCGCAGCGUGGGUCCCGUCACAUGGCCACGACCCUCGGGCUGGUCAUCCAUGCAGCCGCCGACGGCAUUGCCAUGGGUGCCUCGGCCACGUCGCCCGACACAAAGAUGAGCUUCGUCAUCUUCACGGCCAUCAUGAUCCACAAGGCCCCCGCCGCCUUCGGCCUCACCUCGCUCCUGCUACGCCAGGGCCUGUCCAAGAGGGCUUCCAGGAGCCACCUGGUCGUCUUCAGCCUGGCCGCUCCCGUCGGCGCCAUAGCCACCUGGUUUCUCGUCACGCUGGCCGAGGCUGGCUCCUCGGUCGUCGAGGGUGACGGCGGUGCGUCUACCUACUGGACUGGACUGCUCUUGUUGUUCUCCGGAGGGACAUUCUUGUACGUUGCCAUGCAUGCUAUGCAGGAGGAAUCUGGACCUGGAUCCCAUGGGCAUCACCACCACCACCAUGAUGGUCCCAUCUUGAAUGGCGACGGGUACGCCGAGAGGAAGCCCACCGGUCCGCAGAUGAGAGAGACGCUCAUGACUGUCAUGGGUAUGUUUCUGCCUCUUCUGACGCAGAUUGGGCAUCACCACCAUUGA